GUUACAUCUGUCGAAGCUGAUCUUUGGUGUCUAUAUGCCAGUACCAAAAUCGUUAGGUAGACUGGUAGAGUAUUGGAGGCUGUUGGUUGUUGGAGUAGUUGAACGUAACAGAAGAUAGCGAAAUGGAUUCUGCUCAGGGUGUGAAGACUGGCAUGAACACAAGUGUGUUCAAGGAACCAAGAGGAGUUAUGCGCAUAUUGCAGUUUGUAUUUUCGAUAUGUGCAUUUGCAACCACUACAGGAUAUACUAACAAAGUUAAAGUUGAGUAUUCAUGCAACAGCACCAAUACUGGAAAGUUUGAACUGGAUAUCUCCUAUCCAUUUAGGUUAGAUCGUGAAGGUACAACUGUGCCAUGUGACCCACCAUUAGAUUUUUAUUUGCUUGGAAAUUCAUCAUCAGAUGCCCAGUUCUUUGUUGCUGCUGGUGUUUUGGCAUUCAUCUACUGCAUCUUGAUUACUGUGGUGUACGUGCUGUUUGAUGCUAUGUACCAAAGCAAUGAUCAUCUGCCACGUGCUGAUUUUGUUGCCACUGUUGUUUUAGCUGUAUUGUGGUUGUCUGGAAGUGCUGCUUGGGCUAAUGGACUAAGUCAGAUAAAGAUGGCUACAAACCCUUCUUUCCUUACUAGCUUUUGCAAACAAAUUGCCUGUUUAGUAUCUGUUGGUGGCAGCUUCUCAAGUCUUGAUAUAUCUAUUAUUCUUGGAUUUCUGAACUUUUUCCUUUGGGCAUCAGAUUUGUGGUUCCUAUACAAGGAAACUUCUUGGUUCAAAAUGAAGCAGAGCAGCUCAAAUAUGGCAGCUACAGCGUAAUUGGAAAAUAGUCUGCAACACACAAAUCAAAUCUACAUAAUACCUUCUUCUAUUCAGAGUAUAGACUGCUUUUUAUGUUCAGUCAAAAAGUCAGCCAGUUGCUAUUGAACAAUAAUUUAUUUGUUUUACUGUAGUAUUAUUGAGUCAUAGAAUUUUUUUGUACUUUUGCAUCCUUUUAUGGCAAGUGGCAGUGUUCUCUCUCGAGUACUUAUGUGAAGAAAUUUGAAGGACAUAUCUUAAUAAGAAUAAUACCUCAGAAUUAUUUAUGGGUUAAUUCUUUUUAUUGAUGCUGUACUAAAUAUUUGUGUCCUAUCAUUCAGAAACAGGACCUUGGAAUCAAGUAUUUUUGCGCAGGGGGGGGGGGG